AUGGUGCUGAAGGGGCACACCAACAGCGUGCACCAGCUGUGCUGGGACCCUACGCACCCCGAGUAUCUGGCUACAGCGUCGGCCGACAAGACCGUCCGCAUCUGGGACACGCGAAGCGCCAAGUCGACACACACCCUCAAAACCAGCGGUGCAAACCUCAACAUUGCGUGGAGCCCGGACGGCGGACACAUUGCCGUGGGCAACAAGCUCGAUCACCUGACGAUCAUCGAUACCCGCAAGUUCGAGACCAUGAAGACCAUCAAGUUUGCCUUUGAGGUGAACGAGAUAGCAUGGAGCAAGGACCUUACCUUCCUGUUCCUGACCACGGGACGCGGAGGAGUGGAGGUCAUGAGCUGGCCCUCGCUGGAGCGAACCUGCACCCUCCACGCCCACACAGCCAACUGCUACUGCGUCAAAUUUUCACCAUCGGGAGAGUACUUUGCAGUGGGCAGUGCCGAUGCGCUGGUGAGUCUGUGGGACGUCGAGGACCUCGCCUGCUUGCGAACCUUUAGCCGCUUGCAGUUCCCCAUUCGCACCGUCAGCUUCACGCACGACAGCAAGAUGAUCGCCUCCGCCUCCGAGGACCUGAGCAUCGACGUGGCGUUGGUGGAGACGGGCGAGCUGGUGUCGCAGAUCAAGUGCAACGCGGCCAUCAACACGAUGGCCUGGCACCCACAGAACCACUGGCUGGCCUUUGCCGAAGCCGAGAAGGACAAGUAUGCCAAGGACGCGGGCAACAUCACCCUCUACCAGCUCCCGUCCCAGUAG